AUGACGACGACGACGACGAUGAAGAUGAUGAUGACGAUGGAGAUGAUGAGGAUAAUGAUGAUGACGAGGAAGGUGAUGAUGAUGAUAAUGAUGACGAUAAUCAGGAAGAAAAAUGAUGAUGAUGACAUUGAAGAUGCUGAUGACGAUGAUGGAGAUGAUGAUAAUGAUGACGGCGAUGACUAUGCAGAUGAUAAUGACGAUAAAGAUGGUGAUGGUGAUGAUGAUGAUUUUGACGAUAAUGAAGAUGACGAUGAUGAUGAUGAUGACGAUGAUGAUUACGUCGACGACGACGACGAUAAUGAUGAUGAUGAUAAUGAUAAUGAUUACGAUGAAAAUGAUGAUAAAGAGGAUGGCGAUAGGGAUAAAGAUGAUGACGAUGACGAUGAAGAUGAUAAUGAUGGUGACGAUGAAGACGAUGACGCCAAGGCAUUUAAAACAACAGAGACGCUUACCAAGAUGAGCGUGAGUAUUCUGGUAAGCAAGGCCAAGGCCAAGAUCGGGGAGAAGUAG